GUAGGCUUGGUGUCAUAGGUUGUAUCAAUUUGUUCUUUAUUUAGUGAUGCCCUGUCCAAAGAGGAGGAACAGACUAGUUCUGUCUUCACAUCGAGGAACACUCAGUUGGCUAUCUCACAGACUAGUGAGGGACUUCAGAUGAGAGUGCCUCUGCCAAAUAAUGACUCUGUGACAUCUGAUGGAGGAGUGAUAUUUGAUUAUGAUGGAGCUGAUGGCAACAUUCAAAGCAUAGAGCAGAUCUCAACCCCUAUAGAGACUCAUAGUGAAAGUGAGCAAGAUCUGCCUGUGUCAACUCCUGCCUCCACAUCUGUGAUAUUUUUAUACAUUCAAAUGGAGCUUUGUUGUCAAGAGACAUUGAAGGACUGGCUCACCAAGGUAAAGAAACCUGAAGUGAGGGUGCAGCAAAUGAACCACAUUUUCCAUCAAAUAGUGGAUGCUGUAAGGUACAUCCAUUCCCAAGGCCUAAUUCAUCGAGAUCUCAAGCCUUCCAAUAUUUUAUUUGAUGAACAAUGGCAAGUUAAAGUGAGUGACUUUGGUCUGGUGUUGGAUGCUCCUGCCUUGGAGACUGGAAGAAGUACAUCUAAUCCUGUUGGUCAAUACACUAAUCCUGUGGGCACAAGGCUCUACAUGAGUCCAGAGCAGCUGCAGCACCUUCCCAUUGGUCAUCACUCUGACAUCUACACACUUGGGUUAAUUUACCUGGAGAUGAUCUUGCCUUUUGGUACUGAGAUGGAGAGAAGCAUCACAUUCUCUGAAGCUCGACAAUCACUAUUCCCGCAAGAGUUAGAUGGCCACCCUGUUGAGCUGGACCUCAUCAAAAGAAUGCUUGCAAAGGACCCUCUUGAGCGCCCUGAAGCCAAAGAAAUCUUGUCAUUGCCUUUGUUUGAUCCUGUGUGA